AUGAACCUGGCUCCUUCCUGUCACUUCUCACUGCUCCUUCUGCUUGUUAUAAACCUAACAGGUGUGUAUGGGAACAGAAUCAUCGGGGGUGCAGAGGUCUACCCCUACUCCAUCAAGUAUCAAGCCUCCCUCCUGUUCAUGAACUACCACUUUUGUGGAGGGACCCUCAUCCACCCACAGUGGGUGGUGUCUGCUGCCCACUGCUGGAGGCCGAGCCACCUGAUCCAAGUGGUCCUGAGUGAGCACAGCAUCACCAGCGUGGAGGGCUUUGAGCAGAUUUUCAAUGUCUCCUUAGUCAUCAGGCACUACCAGUACCAACACUGGACGUUUGACAACGACAUCAUGCUGCUUAAGUUGGACCGGCCAGCUGUCAUCAAUGCCAGGGUUGAGCCGGCCACUCUGCCAGAUCCGGAUUCACCCCCGUUGGCUGACCUUACCCGGUGCACAGUGAGUGGCUGGGGUGUGACCUGGCUCAACAGCUACAGCCUGUCACCUGUACUGAGGUCUGUGGAUGUGGAUAUCUUUGCUAACUGCUGGUACUACUACUACUUCAGGAUCACAGACAAUAUGAUCUGUGCUGGCUCAAUCUUUGGUGGGAAAGAUUCCUGUCAGGGUGACUCAGGAGGACCUCUUGUCUGUAAUGGUAAAUUUGAGGGUGUUGUAUCUUGGGGCAUUGGCUGCGCCUAUGCUUACUACCCUGGCGUCUACACCAAGGUCAGAAACUACCUCGGAUGGAUCAACUGGGUCACCCAGAACAGCUGA